UCCAGAUUCAUCAUAAUAUUAUAUCAUCACUGUUACCAUGCCAGGCCCAUCAAACAUGGAAUUGAGAAGUUCCUCUCAGCAAGGCAGAAUACAGGAGGAACAAUCAGAACAAGGGAUCACUGAAGCCACAGCUUCAGUCAAUGAAGUAGAGGCCCUGCGGAGACAGCUGGAGACCUUAAAAGCAUCCAGAGAUGCAGAGUAUCGCCGGAGAAGAGAAUUGGAGGAGCAAAUUGACAGACAACCUCAACCGGUAGCUACACCAAGGCAGGUUUGGGAGCCAGCACCCAGAAUCCCAGUGCCACAAAUGGACAAAUUUGAUGGCAAUACCCCUGUGUCAGAAUGGUGGACCACAUUUAUGGCCUACAUCGCCCUACAUUCAAUCACCGAGGCCAAAGCCAUAAAACUAUUGCCAUUCUAUUUGAUGGGAAUAGCCCUUCAAUUCUUCACACACUUGGACAGCUUGUCAAAAACCUCACUAACCAGCAUCAGGGAUGCUUUCUUUUCUAGAUUCCGACCGACAGUCCCCAUAAGUCAAGCUUUGAUGCGGGUGAAGCAGGGAGCCGACGAAUCUGUGGAUAAAUACCUAUACCGAGUGAGGAAACUGGCUGCUGACUGCUCAAUGGAAGAGGACAGCAUCACAUACUUCGCUCGAGAGGGUCUUCUUCAGAAGCUGAGGGUAAUAGUGGUCCCACAGAACCCAAAGUCCCUGGAAGACCUCCGAAAAAUGGCAGCCCUUGCAGAGGAAGCUACUGGUAAGGAUACCGACACCCCGCCUACUGACCUAAAGACGGCCCUUGCGGAGGGAAUCAAAAUCGCCCUUGCCAGUGUGGAUGCUGCAGUGGAGACCAAGGUCCGAAACCACUUAGACGAUCAGCUUGCAGAUGUCAAUGGUGUGUUUGCAGGCCAAACCCAACAACGAAGGCCCCAACCAGUCUCAAGGGACAGGGACAACUUCAGACAGACUAACAGGAGCAGAGAGCCAGGACCUUGCUUCAGAUGUGGGGGGUCUCUCUCAUCAAUCUGGUACCAACUCCUGCCUCUCAUCAGUCUUUUCAUGCUAUCCCUAAUCCCAGUAGCAGUUGCAACAAACAAAGAAGUUGAGUUUAGUCCAGUGGGAGACAACAUUCAUCGCCUCAACUAUGGAGUAAUCUUUAAGAAGGACUCAACUCUAGUUUUGUCACAAGAAUAUUGGACCCACACCUUUCACCUACAGCUACCCAAUUCUAUUAAGCCCACCAAUGUCUCAACUAGGUGCAAUCGUAAUGAGUCUCACUGUUACAAAUGGAAUGAUUUAGUUAGUGUUUUUCAAACUCUGCAUGUUGAAACUCAAAGUCAUGUCAAGGAAGUUGUGAAAACUAUUAGGUCUUUAAUUCCUCAAACUAAUUUUCCAACAAAAUCUUCAAAAAAAUCCCCAAGAGCAUUUUUGCCCUUUAUUGGCUCUCUAUCAAGAAGUCUAUUUGGAACAGCCACUAUAGAAGAUGUUCAGUUAUUAGCCCGACAUGUCAAUGCUCUUAAUGCACGCACUACUAAAUUUGCACUUGCUAUGCAACAAUAUGAUGCACAUCUGUCUUCUUUCAUAUCCAUUGUUAAUAAUCGCACUACUAACUUGCUUAAAGGAAUUCAGUUGAAUACUAAAGUUAUUAACAACAUUGCUGCUGCAGUUGAUGCUAAAUUUGUUCAAAUGGAGCAUGCCAUGACUAAUGUGUCAUCUCUUUUGAUUCAACAAAUAAAUGAGGCAAAUGUAUUGAGAAGCAAUUUGGACAAUUUACAAUCUGCAAUUCAAAAUUUAAUUGAAGGAAAGUUAUCUCCCUUUCUUAUUCCAAAACAAAAAUUGAAAUCAGUUAUACAAGAUAUUUCAAAAAUGCUCAGAACUUCACACAAAGGAUUCUACCUAACUCAUACUAAUCCCACAUACUAUUACUCACAUGCAACCAACAUGAGUGAAUUUUAUCUUUUUAUGGGCAUUAAUUGA